AUGCGCUUCCAGACCGCCGCGCUCAGCGCUCCUCUCCUUGAGUUCGCCGCAUCUCAAGACUCCUCUGGCAUGGCAAAUUCGGGAUUCCAAACAGAACGAUUACAACGACGGGAAGAGAAUACGACGACCAUACCACUGCCCAUCAAUGUGGCACCAUCGCAAUACUGGGACGGUGCAGACGGACCAUGGUCUUCGUUUCCCCUACAAAUCGGCGCACCGGCGCAGAACAUCCGAGCAUUCAUUUCGACGAACGGAUACACAACAUGGGCCAACAGUCCGAAAGAUUCACUGUGUCAAGAUAGUACGGAAACCUCAUGCAAAGAUGCGCGGGGAGGGUACUUUCUAACCAAUGGAUCUAUAACCUGGGUUCCCAACUCAAUCUUUGAACUUGGACUACAGAACGAGAUGAAUCUAGGAUUAGACUCUAAUGCCAACUAUGGCUUCGAUACUGUCACAUUAGGAUGGCAAGGUCAGGGUCUGCCUACAGUAAAGCACAGCACAAUUGCAAGUAUGGACACCUACGAUUUCUGGGUCAACAUCUUUGGUAUCAACCCUUUGCCGGCCAACUUUACGACCUAUACGGAUCCUCAGCCGAGUUUCUUGACUCAGUUGAAGAGGAACAACACAAUUCCGAGUUUGAGCUGGGGUUAUACUGCUGGAAACCAAUAUCGCUUUUCUGGUGUUUAUGGAAGUCUCGUCCUCGGUGGUUACGACCAGUCGAAGUUUGAGCCCACUAACAUGACAAUUCCCUUUGGUGCCGACAUCUCGAGGGAUCUUCUGGUUGGAGUUCAGUCCAUCACAACCGGAAGCGCUGGAUUGUCAAACUCAUCUGACGCUUUCUACGCCAUGAUCGAUUCGACAGUUCCUUACAUGUACUUGCCAGAGUCUGUCUGCACAGCUUUCGAGAAUGCAUUUGGACUUGUAUACGACGAAUUCUACGAUCUGUACCUGGUUAACGAUACUUUGCAUGACAGCCUGAAGGCUUUGAACAAGUCCAUCACACUUACUCUAGGCCAGUCAACCUCGGGAGGACAAACUGUCGACAUCACCUUGCCCUACGCAGCAAUGGAUCUGCAAAUUUCAUACCCUUACGUCGCCAACGCAACACGUUACUUCCCUCUCAAACGCGGUGCGAACAGUACUCAAUACACUCUGGGUCGUGCCUUCUUGCAAGAAGCGUAUGUUGUAGCAGACUACGAACGCCGCAACUUCACAGUCGCUCCUUGUGCCUGGGAACAGAACGCGGCAACUGAACUGCGAACAAUUUUUUCUCCAGACAGUGGAUUUACUCUAGACGAUGGAUCUGGCAAAAGCGGUAUCAGUGGAGGUGCUAUCGCCGGUAUCGUGAUUGGUGUUCUCGCAAUCAUCGCGAUCCUUCUCGGAGCACUAUGGUUCAUGCGCCGCAAGAAGCAACAAAAGAAGAGCGCAGCCGUCGAACUGGAAGCCAAAUCACUCGCCGCUGCACAAAGUUCUGAACCAUCGUCGCCAUUCAAGGAGGAUCCUCAUGCAGGCGUUAGCACACCUACUGGAGGCGAAUUGGACGGCUCAAGGCAAGUCCACGAGAUUGCUGGUGCGAGCAAGCCCAACGCAACCGAGAUGGAUGCACCAUGGCGAGGCGAGCUGGAUGCCUCUGGUAGCCAUCAUGAGUUCUACGGAAAGUUACCGCAAAACACCUUUGAGAUGGAGGGCAACAACGAGCCCAUCUUCGAGAUGGAUGCCACAGCGACGCAAUUGCACGAAUUGGAACCUGAUACAAGGCGUCAAAGCUGGGAUUCUGGUGAUGAUAGAGGUGAUGAGAAGAGGUAUCUGCAGAUGCAAGGAUACUGA